CAGCUAGCUGGAGGUGGCUUGUGUCAUUUAUCGCUGUGGAUGUUGUAGCCACGUCUAAAAAAAUCAACAUGAAUUUACCAAAGGGACCAGACUCUCUGUGCUUCGACAAAGAUGUUUUUAUGAAGGAUGACUUUGACGUUGACCAGUUUGUGGCGGAGUGUCGGAAACAGGUCCAGCUGGAGGAGAUGAGAGAGGACCUGGAGCUCUACUACAAGCUGUUGAAAACAGCCAUGGUGGAGCUCAUCAACAAGGACUAUGCAGACUUCGUUAACCUCUCCACCAACCUGGUGGGGAUGGACAAAGCCCUCAAUCAGCUCUCUGUGCCACUGGGACAGUUACGAGAGGAGGUUAUGAGCCUGCGGUCCUGCGUGAGUGAGGUCAUUCAGUCCAUAGACAACCAGUUGUCCAAACAGGAGGAUCUGCAGAAAAAAAAGGUAUGUGUAUUGAGGCUGAUCCAAGUGGUGCGUUCAGUGGAGAAGAUUGAGAAAAUCCUCCACUCACAGAACUCCAAGGAAUCCAACUCUCUGGAAAUCAGCAGCCCCUUGUUAGCAGGUCAGAUCCUGGAGAGGAUAGCUACUGAAUUCAACCAGCUGCAGUUCCAUGCUGUACAGAGCAAAGGCAUGCCCCUUCUGGACAAAGUCAGACCUCGUAUCGCAGGUAUAACCUCCAUGCUGCAGCAGUCUCUGGAGGGUCUCCUGAUCGAGGGGCUGCAGACAUCCAACGUGGUCAUGGUGCGUCACUGCCUUAGGACGUACGCCACCAUUGACAAAACUCGAGAUGCUGAGGCCCUGGUAGGACAGGUGCUGGUCAAGCCAUACAUGGACCAGGUGUUAGUGGAAGAGGUGGUGAAGUCCAAUCCAAACGGUCUCCAGCUGAUGUAUUCUCGACUGUUGGAGUUUGUUCCUCAUCACUGUAGACUCCUCAGAGAGGUGACUGGAGGAGCGAUAUCCAGUGACAAAGCUGACAUAGUGCCGGGCUAUGAUUUCCUGGUGAAUUCUGUGUGGCCGGAGAUAAUCAAAGGAAUAGAGGAGAGGUUGCCUUACCUCUUCAACCCCGGAAACCCCGACAUAUUCUAUGAGCGUUACAGCUUGAGUAUGGAUUUUGUGCGAAGGUUUGAGCGGCAGUGCAGCUCGCAGGCCAGUGUGAAGAGGCUGAGAGUGCAUCCUUCAUACACCAGCUUCCACAACAAAUGGAACCUGCCUGUCUACUUUCAACUACGGUACAAGGAAAUAGCUGGAAGUCUGGAGAACGCCAUAAGUGACGGAUUGGAGGCAGCACCAGCUGGCAGUGCCUAUCACCUGCAGGUGUCUGUGGUGUUGUGGUCCUGCCUAGUGAAGUGUUGGUCAGAUAAAGUCUACCUAUCACCUCUGGCUCAUCGCUUCUGGAAGCUCACACUGCAGCUCUACUCACGAUAUGCCAAGUUUCUUGACGAGGUGUUAACUAAAACUCCAGCCACUGAGGUGACCAAAGAGCCCAGCAGGCCUCUACCGAGCUCAGCCUCAUCCACCUCUAGCCGAACGUCAAUGGAUGAGGCCGGCAGCGAGAGCGGGAGUCCCACCUCCCUGUCCACCAAACAGCUGGUCUACAUUGCAGCAGACAUCCAAAAACUACAGGAACAGAUACCAGAGUUGUCAGAGAUGGUCAGACAGCGGUUAGAAGCCGUCGGAUUCAAAAACGUUGGCGUUGUGGAAGAUGCUCUGGAGGACUCCAAGUCUUGCCUGUCAAGUAGCAUUCCCACUCUCAACAGUAGGAUGACCCAGCAUCUGACUGAACGCUGCUGUCGCUUCCUGAAGAGCGCCUCUGAGGUUCCACGACUCUACCGCAGGACGAAUAAGGAUCUGCCAGUACGUGCGUCAGCGUACAUGGACAACGCCUUACGUCCGUUACAUCAGGUGUUGACUGACUCGACGGGGCUGGUGACUCCCUCCACAGCACAGGAGUGGCUGCGAGUUGCACUUUCUGACUGCACACAGAGGUACUAUGAGACCAUCUCUGAGGUGCUGAGCUCAGUGAGGAAGAUGGAGGAGAGUUUGAAGCGACUGAAGCAAGCCAGGAAGGGCGCGAGCACGACUACCACAGCAGGAGCGAACGGAGGACCCACAGACGACAGCAAGAUCCGCCUCCAGCUGGCACUCGAUGUGGAGUACCUCGGGGAACAGAUCCAGAAGAUGGGUCUUCAGCCAACUGACAUCUCUAUGUUCGCCACUCUAAUGGACCUGGUGAAAGAGGCCCGAGAGCUCGCUGAACAGAACCAGUAGACUCUGGCUGACUCCAUAGUAACUGAAACCCAUUAACAUGCUGCGUUCAUCCCUGCAUUUCUCCAAGAUGUGUGAAGGAGGAAAAAACAGACUGAAGUCAGCGUUAGAGUUAUGCUGAUUUGACCACAAUGAAAGAAGGUCAAGUUUGGACACUACUGAAAUCUGUCUGAUCAAUGUUAAAUUGUUGGAAACACAGCAGAGAAAGGGUUGUCUGUCUUUGAGACUGGAUUAUCAUUGGAUGUACUGUGGGGAAUGUUAAUAAAAGGGAUUUUUUCGUGGUAUCAUGUUCAUGAAAUGUCCACAUAAUAAUCAAUGCUGGCUGCUGGUGAUAUGCACUGCUCUAUGCAAACUAAUGUACUGAUCUUGUGUUGGGCCAGAAUGCUGCAUUACAAUAGUUUCAAGUCUAAGUUGUGAGGAGACGAUGUCAGUCAAACAAUAUUUGUUUGUUUUCUGCUACGUGGUGAAGGAUUAAUCAUAUAUAAAGAAGUCUGUCAGUGUGUGACAUGUACAUUUUAUGUUGAAAUCAAAUUUGUAUAAUAUAAUAUGUUUGGCAUAAAAUAAGGAACUUUGAA